AUGCCUUUUUGCAAGAGGACAAUACUACCUAAAGAUGUCUGCAAAAGUGACACGAAGAGACAGGGCGCGAUUUUCACGGACUUGGUUGAUGUGUGCGGCUUUACCCUGUGCUCUAUUCUCAGGCAGCUCUCGGAUCUAUCAAGGCAAUCGGUCAGCAUCUUGGAGGAGCUCGAGGGCGAGCUCGUGUCCAUUUGUCACCGGUCUGGAACGUUGGAGAAUAAAGUUAUCAAUUUACAGAAACACAUCUCCGCUCUGUCCAGCAAGCAACCGCCAAAGACCACCACCAACUUGGACUCAGAGAGCAAGCGAACGGCCCACUUCCAAUCGUCAUGGCAACAGCAUGUGAAUGUGUUCGGCGCGUGGAGUAGGCCGGAGUGCGUGCAGGAGCUGCACCAGGAGGCUCAGCUAAACCUACAGAGCCUGCUGCAAGAUUUUGAGGAGCAGCUCUAUGACAACAGGGUGACCGGACAGACGUUCAGACACCCCUCCUCACAGAGCUCUGACGACACCUCCACGUCCCUGAGCAGAUCCCCCUCCUCGCUCCACAAGAAGCCAGAGUUCGUCUUCCUGCCAGCAACUAGGCAGGUGUGUGAGGAUGAGACCACCUCACUAGGGAUUCGGGCUCAAGACCCGGCGUCCUGCAGCGGCCUAGAGCGCCCCCUAUUGGGGUGGAAUUCCUCGAUAGGACCCCCUGUUGCAGAGAAACCUCGCUGGCACCUUGGCAGAAACACACCCGCACACCUUGUCCCGAUCGAUGUAACAGGUGACGGCAAGAUUCUCGCCGUUGAUCUGAUACAAGGUGCCUGUUCUCCUGGAUCUCACCAGCCCAGGUCUUUGGAGCCUACCACAGAAAAUACAGGCCAGCAACACAUACCCCUGCGAAAGACCCAGAGCGACCUGGAGCACAGUGUCCCUCCAUCCCCCAAGACUCCUACAGGCAUGACAGAACAUGCCACUCUCAUGUGUCCCAGCCCCUCUUGGAAUGGACCAAAGGGAUCCACUUUUUCCCCAGCCUGGAAUGACUACGCCCUGGGCCCUAGCCUAGUUGCCAAGCAGCCCUCAUCCAAUCCAGGGGCGUCAACGACAGGGGGUAGCAGAGGAGGCCUGGUGUGCACCUCUCAGGCUAGUUCUGCCCUAUCCAUGAGCUCAGGGUCCCACUCCAGUUCUUUCACAUCCAUUUCAGAACCCUCUGGACACAAGGUGUCUACAGUCAUUCAUGGUAAUGCAAUCGUAAUGGGGAGGAGGAGUGAGACAGAGGGUGCAGCAGCCAGCCCAGCCACAGGCAAUGGUGUAGGUAGAGGCGAUCGAGAGAAGAGGUCGAUGCAUGCCAAUGCCUUUAAGUUUCGUGCCCGCUCUCUUUCAACGCCGACGGAUUCUGAAUCUUUUUGCUCAGCUGACAACACGUGUUACUCAGGUGAGGCAAUGCCAGCAGCUCGGGAGUGUGAGAAUUAUGCCCUACUCUACCCAAGUGGCAGCUCUGAGGACAGUGCCAGCACUGACAAUGUCUCCGUGGCGACGGGUUCAGAUUUCCUUCCAGAUGGUCGGCUGAGGACACGGUCACGUAGCAUCUCACUUAAAAAACCCAAAAAGAAGCCUCCCCCUCCAGUGCGCAGCGUGUCCCUCAUGAAGAAUUUGUCAGAAGCUGGAGGAGGGGGCACACACCAUGGUGAGGGACAUUUCAGAGAUGGUCGACCCAAGAGCCUCUUCAUACCCCGAGACCACCACCUCCAGGAUUUCAUCCAACCUGAGUUUCUUAUGGCCUCCAAGCUUCAGGCAGAGGAUGAUUCAGAUCAGGCUCACAGUAGCUUGGAGACAGCUUCAGAUUCCUCUCUGCCGCAGGAUAGGGAAGCAGACCUGGCUUUCCCGCCUCACUGGCAACUUAACGAAUGGAAGUCCAGCAACGAUCCCUACCGCUCGUUGUCAGGUUCUAGCACAGCAACUGGCACCACAGUGAUUGAGUGUAUGAAGGUGCGCGGGAGUUCAGAAUCCCUGAACUCACCAUCAAACUCACGUGCUACUUCUCCAUCACAGUUCUCCAUUGAGGCUGAGGCCAAGGUUUCCCCAUUCAAGCCCCUAGGGCUCAUGUCUCCAUCCAGUGGCUAUUCUAGCCAGUCGGAGACCCCCACCCCAACUAUCUCCAAUUCCCUCCUCACUGGACCUUCGCAGAUGGGAUGCAAGAUGCGUCCUAAAAUCCCAGAGAGGAAAUCAUCACUUCCCGCUACCUCGCCAAGGGACAAGACUGCCAGGUCUCGUCUGUCCUUUGAGCUGCCUGUAAACUCCCAGUUGGAUCUUUCUUCAGUAAAGCCCAAGCCUAAGGCCAGUCGUCGUCACUCUGACACAUCCACAGCCAGCAAGCCAGGGAAACUGAGCCCGAGCCAGUCGGUGUUGCCUAUGGUGACGCAAACCGAUCUCCGAAACAUCCGCCUUCGCUCCGUGAGCCGUUCAGAACUUGAGGAUGGCCCUGAUGGCUCCUCUGACAUCAUAGAGGAGGAACAGGGCCGUGACCUUAGUCCUCCAGUCACGCCAAGCCCCAAACCUCCCAAGCCACCAGUUGCCAUUAAACCUCCUUUACCCAAACGGCCUCUUAACCUGAUGUUGAAAUCUCCCUCAUCCUCCCCACUUGCUCCAGAAUCCCCUCCUGCCUCUCCAGUGGAUCGACCCAUGCCUUUGGGUAACAUCUAUAUGGUAGUGAGGAAGCCCAAACCUAAGAGACCUCCACAGUCUCCAGUGAGUCCAUCUGUGACAGCCUCUCAAGAGCACCCACCUACAUACCCACCACCUCUGCCGGAGCUGGACCUAGAACAUGGCAUUCCCAUUGAAGAGGACCUUCCUUCCCCAGGCAGCCCAGAGAGGCAAGACAAAAGCAAGACCCUCCCUAGCCGCAUCACCAUCUCCUGCCUGGCUGAGUUAGACAAGAAGAAAUCCAAGGUGCCCCCUCCAGUACCUAAAAAACCCAAUCUCCUCCUUCUGCCUUCCCCAACUGUUCAGACCAAUGGCACAGUGGACAGGCAAAUUCUCCCUUCGGAUAGUAGUUCUCUAUCCCCCGUAGGCCCUCCACCGUGUGAACUAGAGGAAGCUACUUAUAAAGAGGAAAACCAGGAGGAUGACAACCAGGAACAUCAAGGCAACCAGGAGACCAAUGGAAACCAAGAAGACAUUGGAAACCACAAAGACCAAGACAGCCAUGGAAACCAUGAUGACCAGGAAAAUCAUGUUACUUUGGAUGAAGAGAAUUUAAAGGAUACCAACACUAUUAAAGAUCUGGAUGUUAAGUCACCGACUGCAGAGACAGUGGCAGAUACUGUCCUGGAGGAGAAUAGCUCUGUAAUUGAUAAGACUGAACUACACAUCUCAGAGGAGACUGAUGAUGAUGUAUUUGUCCACAUGCCCGCACCUCACACCACUGAAGACCUCUUCACUAUCAUCCAUAGGUCAAAGCGAAAAGUUCUAGGCCGUAAGGAGCCAGGAGACUCCUUCGGCAGCCGACAGAGCCUGGUUUCACCUGUGAAGAGCAGUGGCACUGACCCGCGUACCUUGACACUGGGCAGUACACCCAGGUCAAGCUCGCGGAAUGAGAACUUCAUGGCUUUGCUGCAGAAGAAGAGCAGCAAGGCCAGUGCUGGGACCCGCGUCUCUGCCAUGGAGCUACUUAAGAGCACAAACCCAUUGGCCCGCCGUGUCACUGAGUUCUCUCAGCCAGACCCAGAGCUAGGUGCUGGGACACAGCAGCCCAAACCACGCCCCCAGGACCACUGA